GCGCGGCGGGGGCGGCGCGGGCAUGGCGGCGGUGCGGGGCAGGUGACAGCGGCGGCAGCGCGGCGCUGCCCGCCCGCCGCCCGCGCGCCCCCGGCAUGAUCCGCGGCGCCUGGAUGUCCCCCCGCGGGGGCGCCGCCGGCGGGGCCGUGUGCUGCGCGCCGCGCCGCAGCGACAAGCCGGUGGCCGACCCCGAGCGGGCGCAGAAAUGGCGCCUGUCGCUCGCCUCGCUCCUCUUUUUCACCGUGCUCCUCUCCGACCAUCUGUGGCUCUGCGCCGGGGCCAAGCUGCGGGCGCGGGAGCGGCCGCGGGGCCGCGGGCCGCGGGCGCUGCUGGCGGCCGAGCCGGCGGGCGGCGGCGGCGGCGGCAGCUGCGAGGCCCUGCUGGGCAACCUGAGCCGCGGCCCCGGCGGGCCCUGCCCCGCCGCCCGCGGGGACCUGGACUCGGCGUGCGCCCGGCUGCUCGCCCCGCAGCGCCCGCGGGCUCCCGGAGCGCCCCUGCGCUCGCCCCCCGCCGCCGCCGCCGCCGCCGCCGCCGCCGCCGCGCCCUUCUUCGCCUCGCCCUCCUCCAAAAGGACCUUCCUGCAGGCUUACUUCAGGAACUUCAACCUCUCCUUUUGUGAUACUUACACGAUCUGGGACCUGCUGCGGGAGAUGGCCGGCCCCGACGGCCUGGACUGCAGCCUGGACAACCUGAUGGUGGACCUGGUGGUGGCGGCGGCCGGGGCGCUGGACGGGGAGGCCUGUAGCAGCUGCGUCCAGGCGUACCAGCGGCUGGACCAACACGCUCAGGAAAAAUACGAGGAGUUCGACCUCUUGCUUGAGAAGUACUUGCAAUCGGAAGAGUACUCGGUCAGAUCCUGCCUGACGGACUGCAAGGCUGUCUACAAGGCGUGGCUGUGCUCCGAGUACUUCAACGUGACCCAGCAGCAGUGCCGGCAGCGGAUCCCAUGCAAGCAAUACUGCCUGGAGGUGCAGACCAGGUGCCCCUUCGUGUUACCGGACAAUGAUGAGCUGAUCUAUGGAGGUUUGCCUGGCUUCAUCUGUACGGGGCUGCUGGAGAACCAGCUGCCCGACGAGGAGGCCAAGUGCUGCGAGGUGCAAUGGGACUCCUGCGAGCACCCCCCAGACAGCAACGAGGACACAUCCCCCAAAUCCACGGCGUCAGAGUCGCUCCAUUUCCACCGCCACGACCCCCACCUCCAUCACCAGAGGCAGAACCACUACCACCUCUACCACCACCACCACCACCAGUACCACCAGUACCACCAGCCUCGCUCCCCGUCCUUGCUGCCGGUCUCUGCGGGGUCUCGCCUCGGCAGCAGCAGGAUCAGACUAUGCGUGCUGGUCCUGAUGCUCCUCCACACCAUGGUGUCCUUCUCGAGCGUGCACGGCGGCGCCGGGGGGCUCGGCCUGGAGGCCCCGCCCGCCCUGGAGGAGAGCGUGGCCCGGGACGAGUGACACAGAGGGCAGAGCCGACCUCCAAGGAGAA